AUGCUUUCUCCCUCCCUCUCUCUCUGUCAGUGUCAUUCAGUAGUGGAGAUGUGGAGUGUCUUUCUUUCUCUCUGUCUGUUUUUUCAGCCCAAUUCAGCUGAGGAAGUGAUGCUGCUGGACACAACAGAGUCUACCUCAGAGCUGGGCUGGACCACCUAUCCAGACACGGGGUGGGAUGAGGUCAGUGUGCUGGACGACCGGGGGAAGCUCAUACGAACCUUUGAGGUCUGCAAUGUCAACCAAAAUCCCCGUGUGCAAGACAACUGGUUGGCUACGCCCUUCCUGUUCCGACACUCUGCUCCACGGGUGUUUGUCACGCUGCGUUUCUCGGUGCGUGACUGUGCCAGCCUUCGAUCACCAUCACCCACCUGCCGAGAGACGCUCACCCUGUACUACAAACAGGCCGACUCCCAGAGAGAGCUGGAGAGGACCUGGGCAGCUGAGCCAUCAAACGGAGAGAAGGAGACCAGGGAGGGUUGGGUGAAGGUCGACACCAUUGCGGCGGAUAAGAGUUUCUCCAAGGUGGAGCCCAGCUCACCUCACCAGUAUCAACCCAACAGAUACAGCCGAAUCAACAUCAAGACACGCAGCUUUGCCCCACUCACACGCAAUGGAUUCGUCCUGGCUAUCGUCGACAGUGGAGCUUGUGUUUCCCUCAUGGGUGUGUCAGUCUUCUACCGUCGCUGUCCAGCCACCAGCGUGUACUUGGCAUCCUACCCUGCGACUCCCUCAGGGGCUGAGCCGACUGCCUUAGUUCCCCUGAGCGGGACGUGUGUCCCCAACAGUAAAGCCCAGGGAGGCACGCCCCCUCGAAUGCACUGCAAUGCUGAAGGGGAGUGGAUGGUUCCUGUAGGGGGAUGCGUCUGUGAUGAAGGCUAUGAGCAGAACCUCAAUGGAUCUGCCUGCUUGGCUUGUCCGGUGGGCUACUUCAAGUCCGUUGCGGGCUCCAUUCCCUGCUCGGUGUGUCCCUCCAACAGCAGAACCAGCCAAGAGGGGUCGAGUAUGUGUGAAUGUCGCAGCGGAUUUUACCGGUCGGCCAAAGAUGCCAACUCUUCUGCCUGCACAACUCCUCCAUCUGCUCCGGUCUCUCUGUCCUGGGAGUACGAGAGCGGCGAUGGUGGGGUGUCCUUAAGGUCGCCCCCAGUGGACAUGGGAGGCCGCAGUGAAGUGUGGUACGGCGUGGUGUGUCGCAUCUGCCCGUCGGCCACCUUCACCAACCCGGCGGCGUGUUCCUGGUGUGGAGAGGGCGUCACCUUCAGCCCCUCCCAGACGAACCUGAAACAAACCAAGGUCACCCUCAACAAUCUGCUGACCAGAGUCACUUAUCUCAUACAGGUGCAAGCCAUGAAUGAGGUGUCAGCUUUGAGUCCUUUUCCAGCUCGAUACACAAGCAUCAAUUUCACAACGAGCCAGUCAGUUCCCAGCACAGUUCCCAUGAUGCACCAGCUGAGCCGAGCACCAGACUCAAUAACUCUCUCGUGGCCUCAGCCGGACAGGCCCAAUGGAGACAUCCUGGAGUACCAGCUUAGAUACUAUGACAAGGGUUCAGAUGUGGACAGUGCGGGGACUGUGUACAGUGAGACCAACACGGUGACCAUCAACUCUCUGAUCCCCGGCUCCAUCUACGCCUUCCAGAUCAGAGCUCGAAAUGAACGCGGCUACGGCCCCUACAGCAACACCAUUUACUUCACCACGCUGCCUCUGGAGGAACAUUCACAGCAGAUCCAGAAUCGACUUCCUUUGCUGGUCGGGUCAGUAAUGGGAGGAGCAGCGUUUCUGCUGGUGGUGGCAGCGAUUGUCGUUGUGUUGGUAUUUCGCAGAAAGAGGAGAGAGAGUCCUUACAGCGACAGACUCCAGAGGUACAUCAGUAACCGAGGUGGAGUUAAGUAUUAUGUGGACCCAUCUACUUAUGAGGACCCCAGUGAGGCCGUCAAAGAGUUUGCCCGUGAGAUAGAUCCCACUCAUCUAAAGAUUGAGGAGGUGAUCGGUGCAGCCCAGUUUGGGGAGGUUUCUCGGGGCCGUUACCGUCCGCUUGGUCGCAGGGAGGUGCUGGUGGCGGUGAAGUCUAUACGCUGGGGAGCGUCCGACAGAGAGAGGGGGCUGUUCCUCAGUGAAGCAGGGGUCAUGGGACAGUUUGACCACCCCAACGUACUGAAGUUGGAGGGUGUGAUCACUCAUACCGCCCCAGAGAGGAUCAUCACUGAGUUCAUGGAGAACGGGCCUCUGGACGCGUUCCUCAGGGAGAACGAGGGCCAGUUCAGCGUACUCCAGCUGAUCGGGAUGCUCAGAGGAGUUGGUGCAGGGAUGCGUUACCUCUCUGAGAGAAACUUUGUCCACCGGGACCUGGCAGCGAGGAACGUGUUGGUCAACUCCAACCUGGUCUGUAAAGUGUCUGACUUUGGCCUGUCCCGACUCAUGAGGGGCCUGGACCACAACAUACCUACAUACACUGCCUCAUUGGGCAGUAAGAUUCCUGUAAGGUGGACAGCACCAGAAGCCUUUCAGCAUCGCAAGUUCAGCUCAGCGAGUGACGCCUGGAGCUUCGGCAUACUUAUGUGGGAAGUGAUGUCUUAUGGAGAGCGUCCAUACUGGGACAUGAGCAAUCAAGAAGUGAUGAAGGCCGUAGCAGACCAGUACCGUCUCCCUGCCCCCCACAACUGCCCCUCUGCCCUCCACUCUCUGAUGCUUCAGUGCUGGCAGGCUGAUCGCGGGGACCGGCCGGGCUUCGACUCGCUCCUCUCCUCCUUGGAUCGGCUCAUCAGGCACCCUGCCUCCCUCAAGGUGGAGCCAACUCGAAGCUGCUCUCAGCCGCUGCUCAGCCCGACGCCCACAGACCUAACAGCAGUUGCAACAGUCAGUGAUUGGUUGAAGGCUCUGAGGAUGGAGAGAUAUCAGGAUGAGUUUGAUCGGGCAAACCUGGACACAUUGGACAGAGUCAGCAGGCUCAGUAUGGACGAUGUCCAGAAUCUCGGGGUGAACCUGCUGGGACACCAGAGGAAGAUCGUCAGUGCAGCCCAGCAGCUCAGAGCCUAUCUGACGCAGGGGCAGGUGGAGGUGUGAAAUCCACCUACAGUACAACCUGUGCCACAGAUUCCUGU